AUGGCGAAGCGAGACCGUCAAGGUCAGUCUGGGGACUCUAAACCGAGCAAGAAGUCAAAGAGCGCAAAACACGGAGAUGAUGAUUCUCAAGACAAGGCGCCUCUUUACUUACAGUCUCCUGCUCUGGACAAUGUUCCCCAGGCGGAGAUCGACCAGUUCCUCUCCAAACAUUCUAUCAAGAUUACGGAUUCCUUACCCGACGCUUCCCCCAUACGACCCAUUAUCUCAUUUUCAUUUCUCCCCGCAAGCGAUCCUGAACUGUACGCCCCUUUGGUUGCAUUUCCCGCGCCAACCGCUAUCCAGUCAGCGACAUGGCCGCUCUUGUUUGCCGGCCGCGAUGUGAUCGGAAUUGCGGAGACGGGAAGUGGGAAAACCUUGGCUUUUGGUUUACCCUGUUUGAAAAAGGUGCUAGAUUUGAGGAAGAAGCAGAGCAAACAAAAGCCAUGCCGACCAAUCGCGGUAAUCAUCUCUCCGACGCGAGAACUUGCAAUGCAGAUUUAUGACCAGCUUCUAAAAUAUGCGGGUUCUGUCGGUGUGCGGGUCGCUUGUAUCUUCGGUGGUGUGCGAAAAGAUGAGCAGCGCGAGGCCUUGAAGUCUGCUUCUAUUGUCGUGGCGACGCCGGGGCGCCUGAAGGAUCUUCAAAACGACGGCUCUUUGGAUCUUAGCAAGGUUAAGUAUCUCGUUUUGGACGAAGCAGACCGUAUGCUGGACAAGGGGUUCGAACAGGAUAUCAAGGAUAUAAUCGCUCCAAUGCCGGUCUCCAAGCGUCAGACCGUCAUGUUCACUGCAACAUGGCCCCCUGCUGUGAGAGAACUUGCAUCAUCAUUCAUGGCUUCACCUGUCACUGUCACUAUCGGUGGUGAGCCAUCCUCAGAUCCUCGGGCGAACAGCAGAAUCAAACAAGUUGUGGAGGUUGUCAAACCAGUCGAAAAGGAGCAGAGGCUUGUGCAAAUACUAAAAAAGUACCAGCGAGGGACAGAUAAAGUCUUGACCUUCUGUUUAUACAAAAAGGAAGCAAUGCGUGUCGAACGGCUGCUAAGGGCCAAAGGCUUUAAGGUCGCUGGCAUCCACGGCGACCUGAGCCAACAGGAGAGAUUUAAAAGUCUCGAGGCCUUCAAAUCAGGUGCCGCAACUGUUCUCGUUGCUACUGAUGUGGCCGCUCGUGGUCUCGAUAUACCUCAUGUGAAAUUGGUUGUUAACGUUACGUUUCCCCUCACUGUUGAGGAUUAUGUACACCGAAUUGGCCGAACUGGGCGUGCUGGGGCCGAUGGACAUGCCAUCACUCUUUUCACAGAAACUGACAAGGCUCAGUCCGGCGCGUUAAUCAACGUUCUGAAAGCUGCGAACCAAGAUGUACCGGAAGAUCUACUCAAGUUUGGUUCUACUGUGAAGAAGAAGCAACAUGACGCUUAUGGCGCGUUUUUUAAGGAUGUCGAGCCGGGCAAGACAGCCACAAAAAUAACCUUUGACGAUUAA